GUGCUAUUUCCCUGAUGCAUGAUGGGUACAUUGCAUUCUGGGUAAUUUUGCUAAUAAGUCAAGAUGGCGGAAUAUUUGGCGUCCAUUUUUGGAACCGAGAAAGACAAAGUCAACUGUUCUUUCUACUUCAAAAUUGGUGCAUGUCGCCAUGGAGACCGGUGUUCUCGACUUCAUAAUAAACCAACAUUUAGUCAGACAAUCCUUCUUCAGAAUAUGUAUCAGAACCCACAGAGCGCUGCACAAGUAGCUGACGGAACAAGUAGUGCAAUAUCAGAUGUGGAGGCACAGGAACAUUACGACAGAUUCUUUGAGGAUGUAUUCCUUGAGCUAGAAGAGAAGUAUGGUGAAAUAGAGGAGAUGAAUGUCUGUGACAACCUGGGAGACCACCUUGUCGGCAAUGUAUAUGUUAAAUUUCGCUAUGAGGAGGAUGCUGAGAAGGCUGUCAAUGAUCUAAACAAUCGCUGGUACAAUGGUCAACCUAUCUAUGCAGAGCUUUCACCUGUCACUGACUUCAGGGAGGCCUGUUGCAGACAAUAUGAGAUGGGUGAAUGCACACGAGGCGGGUUUUGUAACUUCAUGCAUCUGAGGCCUAUAUCCCGAGACGUGCGGCGUGAGUUGUAUGGUCGGAACCGAAGACGAGGAGGAGGAGGAGGAGGAGGAGGUGGCGGGGGAGGUGGCAGGAGAGGGGGCGGUUCCAUGUCACCACCAAGGCGCUCUAGGUCCAGAUCACCUCGGCGUGGGGGACGUGGUGGGUCGCCAAGGCAACGGUCACGCUCUCCUCGCCGUGACCGAAGAUACUAAGACUGUACAAGCAGCUUUGCCUAUACUUGUGCAUCGUGACCAGAGAUACUUGCGCAUCAUAACCAGAGAUGCUUGCGCAUCAUCAAACGAUAUCGUAUACUUCAACACCUAAUUGCUUAAAACAAGUAGCUGUGAUCUUGGAUUAUGGUAUAAAUCAGUCACAUCAACUUAUAGUGGUUUUCGAUAGGAAUUGCAGUGAGUAUUUAGUUACACGAAGUACAGGUAGUCUACUUUGCCAAUUUUCUUUUUAUGCCUCAGCGCCAGAACCAGGGCCUUAUAGAAGAAGCCUUAAUAAAAAGUAGUAGUUUUACCGGGUCGACCACAAAUUACUUUUAACAAAAACUCAAGUUUGUUCUUAUGUGUAAUUUUGCGAGCACCACAAAAUAGAUUGUGAGAUAUACCGUAGCGUCCGCGAUCCAAACAAGCAAUAUUGUUGUGGUUAGGGGGGACAUCUCGUCUAUCAUUAUCUUACAUACGUUUUGUACCCAAACACCGUCUACUGAAAAUCUCCUAGCAACCUUGUGAUACAGUGUUAUGCCUUCAACAACUACAUUUGCAAAUACGUCUUAUUAGCUUUGAUAUAAAUAAACAUUUGUUGUGUCACAAUGGA